AUGAGUGACUGUUACAUAGAGCAAAUAAUUCAUAUUAAACUUUGUGUUAAGCUAAGCAAACCUGCAAGUGAGACACUUGAAAUGUUAAAAUUAGUUUACGGUGAAGAAGUAAUAUCAAGAGCAAGAGUUUUGGACUGGCAUAAAAGGUUUAAAGGAGGCAGAGAUGAUCCACAAUGAGCUCGAAGUGGCCAUGCAGUCACCCACAGAACACAUGAAAACAUUGAGAGGGUCGGAAACAUGGUUUACUCAAAUAGCCAAUUGACUGUAAGAAAAAUGGCCAAAAAGUUAAAUGCAGACAAAGAAGCAGUGAGACUCAUUUGGAAACAAAACUUGCACAUGAGGAAAGUUUGGGAAAGAUGA